AUGGGGAACAAGCAGACCAUUUUCACUCCACAGCAGCUGGAUGCGUAUCAGGACUGUACAUACUUCACCAGGAAAGAAAUUCUGAGACUCUUUCACAGGUAUCGCGAUUUGGCCCCACAGCUCGUUCCGCUUGACUACACCACCCAGCCAGAUGUGCGCCUGCCCUAUGAGCUGAUCGGCAGCAUGCCAGAGCUUAAGGACAACCCGUUCAGACAGAGAAUCGCAGAAGUUUUUUCAGAGGACGGAGAAGGUAACAUGACCUUAGACGAUUUCUUGGAUAUGUUCUCAGUGCUAAGCGAAAUGGCACCAAGGGAUCUGAAGGCCUACUACGCAUUCAAAAUCUAUGACUUUAACAACGAUGACUUUAUUUGUAAAUCGGACCUGGAGAAGACCUUAAACAAGCUUACGCGGAACGAGCUGACCGAGGACGAAGUGAGCAUGGUUUGUGAAAAGGUCCUCGAUGAAGCUGAUAUGGACAACGACGGUCGUCUGUCACUGGAGGAUUUCCAGCACAUGAUCGUGAGAGCCCCGGACUUCCUCAGCACAUUCCAUAUCCGAAUAUAG